AUGACCUUGAAUUUGGGAAGAAAAGACGGCGGCCCGGGAUAUGUCGGCAUUCAAUUUUGCCAAGAAUGUAACAAUAUGCUUUACCCGCGCGAAGACAAAAACAACAAAGUACUGCUGUACGCAUGCAGAAAUUGUGACUAUAAACAGUUAGCAGAUUCUAAUUGCGUCUAUGUUAACAAAAUUAUGCACGAAGUCGAUGAAUUGACCCAUAUAAAUCCAGACGUGGUUAGUGACCCUACUUUACCGCGCACUAAGGAUCAUAUGUGUCCGAAAUGCAAUCACAGAGAAGCAGUUUUCUUCCAAGGACAGACAAGGCGCGCCGAAGAGGAAAUGCGGCUAUAUUAUGUGUGUACAAGUUGUAAACAUAGGUGGACUGAGUAA